CAUUGUUUUUCUGUCGGCAGGAGAACGAAGUUGGCGCUCGCUAACGGCUCGACGUUUUCGCGUGCGUGAGGUGGUUUCGAGUGUGUUUUUCGCGUAAUUAAACGGAUGCGUUUUGUUCACAACGGGUCGCCUGUUUGACGUGCCGUUGACGUGCUCUGUGUGCGGACGGGUACCGCACGCUAUUCCGUGUGACGGUGCGGUGACCGAUGGGUCGCCCGCAAUCGCGCUAAUCUUGCGUGCCAGGGUAUGGGAAAUGUGUGAGAGUACAUACCUUCUUAGACGACAACAAGAAGUGAAUUAAAAACCAAGUGAGGAAAAGAUCAAGUAAAUAAACUGUUGUGUGGAGUAAUCAAGUCUUUUACUCCGAUAUACAUCACGAUCAAGUAAACACUCGUGUCGGAUGUUUGCGAGGUUUAAACCGACUGGAAGUACAGAGACAAAGCCCAGUUUUAGGCGAGAAAAGUAGUGUACUGGCGCCUCACGCGAGAGUCUCCAAGCGUAUCGAAAACUUAAUCGCUCAUCAUAGUGGACAUUCUGUCAAGACAGGUUCAUUUUCAUUACAUACGGUUGACCGACAUCGACGUGGCCGGGUUCGUUGUUGGUGUUACGCACACUGGCAUGUUGGGGCAGCAGUGAGCCGCUAUUUCCGGAUUAUAAAUCUGCUCCGAUCGAUCAGCUCUUCGAAUUUAAUCGGCAGACUGCACACUUAUCCCUCGCAAAAGGAAGUUGAGCUGUGUUCGUGUGAAUCUUCGCUUUAGUGAGAGAAAAAAAAAGAAAACGUGGAAAAAAGGGGGAGUGGAAAAAUUUUUAAUCAAAAAAUCGGAGCAAAAAUUUUACGUUCACGUGGCCGGCGGGGGAAGAGUACUGAUUGAUAAAUUGAUUGAUCGUUAGUGGCUUAAGUGUCGGCAGGUGUGUGCGAGCGAUCCAAGUGUAAAAAGAAGUCUAAAAGCAGGCGGCUCAGUAAAAGAGGAAGAAAAAGAGGCGUAGCUGGGUGUAAUUAUUGGGGAAGUAAUUUUUCCUUUUUUCCGUGUGUCCGAACGAAACCAGUUCGGAGGAAAAUCAUCAGCGCGGUCCAUCCCAACCCCAUCCUUCACCCUCAAGGCAGGCGUUACGAAUCAAAGCGAGGCGCGAUCGCGUCAGCGGAUGAUAAUGCUUGUGGUGCACAUCAAAAUGAAGAUGAUGAUGAUGCUGCUGCUGCUGCUGAAGGAGAGUGGGCCGUAACGCGCCGAAAUAUAUUGUUUGUUCGAUAAUGAAAUCCAAUUAAUUGUAAUUAAUCUCUCAAAACCGAAACGCGGAUUUGUGUAGGCGCCUGGGCAGGUUCGGUUCGCAGAAGGGUGUAGUGUGUGUGUAGCGACGAGGUGAAUGAUUUUUGUUGCUUGCGGCAAAACGUGCCUGUGAUUGUUGUGGUGUGGGUGAGAAAGAAUCAAAGGGGGGAGAAAGAAGGAGGGUAAUAUUAUUACGGUGGCGGUGGUGAAAAUUGAAAACAAAAUAAGUGAUUUCCGGUGUGCGUUUCAAAUUGCGGCAGUUCGAGCAUAAAAAUACUACUACCCCGAAAGCGCUAACGGCGAUUUUGAAUUUGUUAGGUUAUGUUUUUUCGGUGUUUUUGUGCCGCGCGGUUCAGUUAAUCUACUAAAGUUCAAAACCAUCGGGUAUUGUGUGAGUGUGUGCGUGUGUGUCUGUGUGAAGAAGUUCGCUAGAAGAAGUGCUUUUGAAGGGGAAAUGGUGGAAAAUUAUUAACGGCCCCAGUGUGCCGAGUGCUGAAUGAGCGUUAGUGGCGCGCGCGUUUGUGUGUGGGUAUAAGUCGGUGAAGAUUACCCGACCACUGAUUGCGAAUAAUUGAGAUAAAAAGUGCAGCGAAUCAUCUUCGCUUUCUAAUAAUAUCGAGCGAUCAAGUUGCAUGUGGAAUAGUGAUAGUGAGUGAAACAGAUUUGGGAGUAGAUUUGCCUGCCUGUCUGACCAGCAGAACAGCAACAGCGGAGCAGCGUGGUGGAAAAUCUGUUAUUUUUGCUUCAUCUGGAAAGCGCUGACGAACCUACCAUCAUCAAUCAUCAUGUAUCCAGCACCUCCACGGCAUCCAUCGGCAUCGGUGAGUUCUUCAAAAUACAUCCCUUCAUAUCUGGGCGGACCGCCUCCCCAGGGGCGUCAGUUUACGAUAGCGGAAACGCUGGAACGGAUUAAGGAGGAAUUCAACUUUCUCCAGGCACAGUACCAUUCACUAAAACUCGAAUGUGAUAAGCUGGCGAGCGAGAAAACGGAAAUGCAGAGACAUUAUGUUAUGUACUACGAAAUGUCUUAUGGAUUAAACGUCGAAAUGCACAAACAGACCGAAAUUGCCAAACGACUGAACGCCCUCAUCGGCCAGCUGCUACCAUUUUUGGCGACGGAACAUCAGCAACAGAUCGCAUCGGCCGUCGAGCGUGCGAAACAGGUCACGAUGCCGGAACUGAACGCCAUCAUCGGUCAACACCAGCAACAGGGAAUUCAGCAACUUUUACAGCAGAUCCACGCACAGCAGAUACCAGGCGGACCACCCCAACCGAUCCCGGGCCUAGGAGCACUGGCCGGACCGCUGACAGCUUUCGGUGGCCCAAUGGGUUUGCCGCACGGUGCACCACAAAGUAUGCUUAAAGCGCCACCCGAUCUACACCGGGAAGAUUUAAAGGUGCCGCUCGGUGGACCAUCGGCUGAGGAGCGUAUGCGCAACUCGGUUUCGCCCGCCGAUCGGGAAAAGUAUCGACCACGAUCACCCCUCGAGCUGGACGGCGGGGAAGCCAAACGGCGGAAAGAGGAAAAACUCAACCACGAAAGUGAUGGUGAGAAAAGUGAUCAGGAUUUAGUGGUGGACGUCGCGAACGAAACGGGCUCACCUUCACCCCGACCAAAUGGCGAUCAUCAGUCGGAUCGUGGCGAUCGGGAUAGUAUCGGACUGAACGGUAGCGACAAGGCAGGUUCGAGCAGCUUGAAGGGUGCGAACGAUCGACCACCGUCCCGAUCCGGCUCGAGCUCGUCCCGAUCAACGCCCAGCCUCAAAACGAAAGAUCUCGAUAAACCAGGCACUCCCGGAGCGAAGGCCCGUGUCCCCACGCCCAACUCGUCCACACCCGGUGUCCCGAAAGCCGUAGUACCUUCACCAGCCGCCGGCUAUCCUCCCUCGCCAUAUCAGCGUCCGUCGGAUCCGUAUGCGCGGCCACCGCCCGACCCGUACGGUCGGCCACCGAUGCCUUUCGAUCCUCACGGUCACGUACGCACCAACGGUAUUGCGCUACCCGUGUCAAGCGGAAAACCUGCCUACUCCUACCACAUGAACGGUGAGGGUGCACCACAGCCCGUGCCGUUUCCUGCCGACGCCCUAACCGGGCCCGGAAUUCCUCGACAUGCCCGCCAAAUCAACACGCUGUCGCACGGUGAGGUCGUGUGUGCGGUCACCAUCUCCAACCCGACCAAGUACGUGUAUACCGGCGGCAAGGGAUGCGUGAAGGUGUGGGACAUCUCACAACCCGGCAACAAAAGCCCCGUCAGCCAGCUGGACUGUCUGCGAGACAACUAUAUACGGUCAGUGAAGCUGCUACCGGACGGCCGUACGCUCAUCGUCGGUGGUGAAGCGUCCAACCUUUCGAUCUGGGAUCUGGCAAGCCCGACGCCCCGGAUAAAGGCGGAACUGACGUCGGCGGCACCGGCCUGCUACGCGCUCGCCAUCAGCCCCGACUCGAAGGUGUGCUUUUCGUGCUGCAGCGACGGCAACAUUGCGGUAUGGGAUCUGCACAAUCAGACGCUGGUGCGGCAGUUCCAGGGCCACACGGACGGGGCGUCCUGUAUCGACAUCAGCCCGGACGGUUCGCGCCUGUGGACCGGUGGGCUGGACAACACGGUACGGUCGUGGGAUUUGCGAGAAGGUCGCCAGCUGCAACAGCACGACUUUAGCUCGCAAAUCUUCUCGCUCGGCUACUGUCCAACGGGCGAAUGGUUAGCGGUCGGAAUGGAAAAUUCGCACGUCGAGGUACUGCACGCGACGAAGCAGGACAAGUACCAGCUGCAUCUGCACGAAAGCUGCGUACUGUCCUUGCGAUUUGCCGCCUGCGGGAAAUGGUUCGUCUCGACCGGCAAGGAUAAUCUACUGAACGCGUGGCGUACGCCGUACGGUGCUAGCAUUUUCCAGUCAAAGGAAACCUCAUCAGUACUAAGUUGUGAUAUUUCGACCGAUGAUAAGUACAUUGUAACCGGGUCCGGUGAUAAGAAAGCAACGGUGUACGAGGUGAUCUACUAAAAAAGCCGUUUCCACAGCAGUACGAGCAAUGGCAAGUAGUUGCUGCCUGUUGUUGCUACAUUGUAUAGAAGAGCCCCAUAAAACCUGCUCGUUUAGGACUCGUCAGCUAUCGGAUAUGGCGAGCGUCUCGGAUCGAUUUCAAUUGAUUGCUUCAGUCGCCGGCUAUUAUGGUGAUGAUGAUGUUUGCAGCUUAAAAACCACAGCCAAACACAAUCACACUCACAUAAAGUGACUUAAAAAACGUGACAAAAGCGUCGGCCCCACGUGGACGGCGAAGAAACACCAGCAACUUGAAGCAGAAUCGGGUGAGACAAGAGGGAUAAAAGCAAAAAUGAAAAAAGGAACGACAUACAUUCAAGCAUGAAAUCAAACUGCUAUGUACAAAGAAAAGGACAUACAGCACCACAAGUAAAACACACAGCUGGCGGUCGACUGGACAAAAUGGCGGUCGACAGUGUCGCUUAUCUCAGUUAAUUAUUUGUUGUUUUAGAUUUCUAAUCGUGUAGUAAUAUGUGAAACGUAAUUGGAAAACAAUUUAAGCAUCACGAACGUACGCGUGUCCGCGUGUGUGUGUGUGUGUUUGUGAGUGCGCGUGUGAGUGUGUCCGUGCUUGUAUAUAUUUGUGUGCGUGUGUAUAACAGUUAGCCUGUAAGCUCCGAGAAGCAGAAUCACAAAGUAAAGAUUAAGUAAGAUUAAGCGUGACUAAGUGCAGCGGUAGGUAGCAAAUAGCGGAAAAGCGUGGAAAAGCUGACCGUUGGGAGAAACAACUAUACAGCAACUUAGUAAAAACAACCACCAGCCUGGAUCAUAGGAGACAACACAUUGACAAAAAACGGAUGCAAAAUCCGUAUUAUGUGCGCUGGUGUCUGUGUGUGCGUGGCGUUGAAUGCUUCAAUGAGUGUGUAAAACAAAGGUAUUCAUCCCUGAAUGCCUAAGCACAUUGUCUACUGUUAGUGGGGAAACAUUUGGAUUUGAAAUCGUGGAAGGAGCGGAAAGGAAGAAAGUGUAAUUCACCGUAAGCAGAAGAACCACAACAACGUGAAGCAGAAAACCGAGAAAGUUCAUCCCAACAGUGUCAAACAAGCGAAAAUACAUAUGUGGAGAGUGAAAGAUAAACCAAACAAACAAAGAAAUGGAGAGAAAAAAAAUACAUUAAAAAAACAUAUUCACACACUGAAAAACGAAAGAAAAAAAAACCAGAAAAUGUAAAAAAACUAAACAUAAACAAGCAUUAAACUGUGUAAGAAAAACAAGCGAAGGAACAGAAGUUUAGCGAAACAAAUCAGUUGCUUAGUAGCGGUGACACCCUCUUAAUAAUCAAUUUCAGCCGCCUCGUGCUGUUUUGCUGUACAGUAUUUUGAGCCCUUCAUUUUGCGCAUUCUCAGCGGUUUCAACCAACAGGAUGAUGAUAAUGUGCGUGUGUGUGUGAGCGGUAAAAGAGGAGGAAAAGAAACCCGCCAAAGGCAUAAUAUGUAGGUGUUACAGUGAAACAUACGCGCAUAAAAGUGGUCAAACAAGACGGAGACUAAGGUGGUAAAAAGGUGAAAGUGACGCAAUGGAUAAAGCAAAUGGGAAAAUUAAGUACGGAGAUGCUGAAUGUUUAUGUUAUUUGUUUUAGUUAUGGAAAUGAGAGACAACAUCUUAAGGGAGACAAGUGCGCACGUGUGUGUGUAUAUUUUGAAGCAGAGCUAAAUUGAAGAUUGAGUAACAUAUACAUAUAUUUUUGAAUGAAGUAUGUUGAAUUGAAAUGAAAGCGUGCGAGUAACAAAAGAAGAAUAGGAAUGUUUUUCGACUAAAAUAAGCCUAAUAACCCAAGGAAGAUAUCAAGGCAAAAUUAAUUCAAAAUUAAAUUCUAUUUGAAAAGAACAAGUUUCAUCGCAAACAGAUCUCUUCUGUAAGUUUUUCCCCAAUUUCAUGUUAAUUUCCAGUGGAACAAUUUAAAAGCAGAGUGGUGUGUGUAGGAAAUAUGGAAAGGAAAGGGGGGUAAAACAACAAAAAGUGUUACGACAGCAUUUACCGAUUGAUAGUAACAAGUAGUUUCGCUCCCACUUACCUUACCUGGCAAUCCAUAAUUGCGAGCAAUUGGGUUGCAAAGAUUCUGCAACAAAUCUCUUCUGAACGUAGACCACCAUCACCACUACCACCGCCACACGGGCAGCUUCCGAUCCGUUUGAAGCUCUUGAAUGAUGAUGAUGUAGCGUUGUAAGUUAGCAGCGAUGUAGAAAGAAGCGCACUGUGAAGGCAGAACGAACGGGCAGACGUUUGAAGGGACGAGGGAAACAUAAUGAAUAUUUUUAGAAAUGGAAAACGAAAAUCAACUA